UUGAAAACUCAAAAGAGAAGGCCCACUCACCUCACUAGUCACUAUCACUAUUACUAUAUAACCCCUCACUCUCUCUCCCUUAGUGGGGUCAAUUUCAAUACCUCAAAUCAAAUCAAAACCCUAAAUCCCCAAUUCUCCAAACCCUAAACCAUCAUGACCUCAUCACAACUUGUCGUACACAACAUUUCUCACUCCGACACUAAACCCUCCGCCGCCGUCGCCAAGAGACCUUCCUCCGCCGCCGCCCGCUCCUCCAAGGACCGCCACACCAAGGUCAACGGCCGCGGCCGCCGCGUCCGCAUGCCGCCGCUCUGCGCCGCCCGCAUAUUCCAGCUCACGCGCGAGCUCGGCCACCGUUCCGACGGCGAGACCAUUGAGUGGCUCCUCCGCCACGCCGAGCCCUCCAUCAUUGCCGCCACCGGCACCGGCACCGUCCCCGCCGCCCCUGUCUCCUCCGUCGCCGCCUCCGCUCCCUCCGCCGAGCCCUCCGUCGCGUGCCCCCUCACCGCUGUCGCCGCCCAUGGGAUGUUCGCCGUGCCUCCGCCGCAGCCGAGCUGCCGCCUCGACCUGUGCCCGCCGCCGGUGAUGGAGUUCGCGGCGGCGAACGGGUACCGGCACAUGCCGUUCACGGCGCUGCUCUUGCAGCCCACGGCGGCGGAGGAUAAUCAAAACGACGAGUCUCUCAGCGAACAAUGAUAACGCUUCGAACCAUAGAAGUUUUUUUUUUAUUAUUAAUUUUUUAAUUUUGAUUUAUUGAUUUUAGGGUUAGUUUUGGAGUUGCGUGAAUGUAGGUGUGUUUGGUUAGAGUUACAAGAUUCAAGAAAUGGGUUUGUUCUGUGAUGGAAAGAAAAGGGCGAAAUAGUUUUGUAAAUUAUUAUAAAUGGUAUGAAUGUGAAUUAUUGGCAGUUUAAUGUGUACAAA